GAUGGCGGACGGGUUCGGCUGUCGGGGCUCGGCGCUGGUCCUCCCCCCCGUGGAGGCUGCAGGGUACGCGCAGAGUCUCGAAGAGUUCCCUCUGAAAGAGAUCGGCAGCCCCCGAUGGUUCAGACAGCAUGAAUACAUCGAGAAGCUGAAUAUGCAGGCCAUCAUCAAUGCCACUGCUGACCAGGACGAAUUUGUCAAGGAAGCUAUUUAUUCUCACGGGAAGGUCCCCACACUGAUUCAUGAACUCCUUGCUGUAGAGGUCUGGAAGCAAAAAGUGUUUCCUAUAUUGUGUCAGCUCCAGGAUUUCAAUCCAAAGGGCACUUUCCCCAUAUAUAUUGUGAUUCAUCAUGAAGCAACCAUCAUUAACCUCCUAGAAACUAUUCUUUACCAUAAGGACGUAUGUGAUUCUGCAGAUGAGGCAGUUCUGGACCUUGCUGAUUAUUGUCAUAGAAAGUUGACCCUUCUUGCUGCACGGAAUGAUGACCCUGAAAAUCAGGAACAGAACAAAUCAUCACCAGCUUCCCUACAGGAGUUGCAGAAGCAGAAUCAACAGCUGGAAUUUGAUAUCUCCCUGAAGGCGCUCUCUAUUCUCCGCUACAUAACUGAUCACAUUGACAGCCUGCCAUUGAGUGUUCAGACGCGUCUCCUGAAUACACACAAUAUCCCCUGUGUGCUGGUUCAUCUGCUGGAAUACUGCCCCUGGAGCCGAUACAGUCCAAACGGUGAACUGCAGAAGUACACUGAUGGCAAGUGGCAUACAGUUCCUGUAGAGGACAGGCUGAAAAUAACCAAGGUGGAUGGCCAGGUUUGGAUUGCAUUGUACAACCUAAUUCUGAAGCCUGACUGCCAGCAGAGGUAUGACUUCAACAACUUCAACAAGAACCAGUUGCUAAAGCUGCAAAGCUUUCUGACCGAAGUCAUCAUUGACCAAAUACCCAACUUGGUGGAGUUACAACGUUUCCUGGGCCACCUUGCAAUGACAGACCCACCUCCAGCAAAGAAAGAUUUAAUUUUAGAACAGGUCCCUGAUAUCCGGGAUAGGAUCAUUCGAGAGAAUUCUCACAAAUGGAAAGCCCUUGCAAAGCACCAAGUGAAAACAGUAUUUAACCCUUCUGAGCAGGAUUUACGUGAACAAGCCCAGAGAUUGACAGAAACUUACAAUCUGGAUGUGAUGGAGAAUCUGAUUCCUGAUCGCCCAAAAUGUGGAUUUUGCGGAGCAGAGGCAACAAAACGGUGUUCCCGGUGCCAGGUUGAGCGGUACUGUCGGAGGGAGUGCCAGGUGAAGCACUGGUCAAAACACAAGAAAGCCUGUGACCUGCUGGCUGUUGCGCAAAACAAAACUGAAUGAGGAAUUAGAAAUCAGUUGGUAGAAACCAAGCUGGUGAGCACCUGGCUACUCUGCUACUGGGCACUGAGCCGAAUGAUACAAUCCUGAUCUUGACACACUGCAUUGAUGUGUACUCAGCACUCCAGUUAACAUGCAAUGUGUGACAUUUUGAAUGGCCUAACCAUACAGAACUUCUGUUUGCUCAGGAGGCUAUAAUUAAGUACAAGCUAACUGAUAGGGAUUAUUUUAAAAAUAUAAUUUUUUAAACAUCUGAAAUAUGUUAU